ACGAUGACCAAUCGUCGUUAACGUCCUUCGCGCGUCAUCGCAUGUCGAUGGAAUCUCGAAUUGUAAGCGUUGUCGUUGUCGUUGUCGUCCUCGUCGUCGUCGUCCUCGUUGUCCUCAUCGUCGCGUUGGAAAAUAUCUUAUGGUAAUAUACUCACGCGCAAAGUUCAGUUAAAUACUCAUGACGUUGAUUUUAUAUGACGGUUAAGAGAGAGAGAGAGAGAGAGAGUGUGAGAGAGAGGGUCCGCGAGGGAAGGAAGAAAAAGCUUCAACGUCUCCCGUGAAAAAGUGAUUGCGUUGUAAUGUGUACUGCAAGAAAUAUAAUUUGAGUGCAAGCGCUAACGCUCGAAGACUUCAUUACAUAGAAUGGAACGCACGGAAUAUUUUAGUAGUAUUUUAUUUACGAUUUUUCUACAACUUUUAUUAUUCACUUCUAUUGCAUUUACGUCGAAUGUUUAUUCCGAAAAUUCAUCUACGAACGAAAAUGAAAUUAGCCCACAAAUUAGUUGGGUUUUUAGCAAACCUUCUGGUGACAGUUUGCAUAGGAUCAAAAGAAAUCCUAUACAUAAACGAGAGAAUAAUUUGUUAAGCUUUAUGUUACCAAAGUGUCAAAUGAAUUUAAAGGAGCUCUGCGAGGACGUAGAUAAAAAUGACGAGUUGGUGCUAUUGGAAUGCAUUCAAACUUUGAAGCCAAACGAAAUGUCUAUCAUCGAUACCGAUUGUCAACAAGCAAUUUGGGAUUAUGUAAAGAACAUUACGAACAAUCAAAAUGUAUAUAGAUUGGCUAAAAAGGCAUGCGAUCACAAUGAGCUGGAUAAUUUAGAAUGUUCUCCCGAAGGAAAUGUACAGGGAGCUUAUUUGUCUUGUUUAGUGGAAAAAAGGGAGAGCGUAAAAAAUCCGCAAUGUAUCGCUUACAUACAACGAUUAGAAUGGAUAGCAUUUAGUGAUUUCAGAAUAAUUACACCAUUUUUUUCUGAUUGCGAAGAAGAUAUCAAAACGUUUAAAUGUGGCAGAAUACAACAGUAUAGAGACAUAUCGCAGGGACAAAUUUUAGCCUGUUUGCAAGAACAUAUCGAACAGUUACAGGUUAAAUGUAAACGACGUAUACUCCGUGUUUCCGAAAUACAAGCUGAUAAUAUUAAAUUGGAUCGUCAACUUUAUUUAGCCUGUAUACAUGAUCAUAUCAAAUUUUGUCCAAGUAUUAGGCCAGGAAGUGGUCAAGUAUAUAAAUGUUUAAUGCAACAUAAAAUGGAACAUUCCAUGACAACUCAGUGUCAAAAUCAACUUAUAAGAAGGGAAAAACUUAUUGCCUCUGAUUAUAAGGUCAGCAAAGGUUUCGUUAAAGCAUGUAAGGAAGAUAUUAAAACGAAUCGUUGUAAAAAAGGGGUAUCAGAGGAUAAAGAAAUAAGACUCGCACAAAUAUUGCUUUGUCUGGAAUCGGCUAUGAAAAAUGGUUCCAAAAUUGAAAGCUCUUGUCAAGCAGAAAUGUUUGAUCAUAGAAAAUUAUUAAUGGAAGAUUAUAGAUUAUCCCCUGAAAUAGUUGAUGGUUGUGCAAAUGAUAUUACAAUGUUUUGCAAUAGCCUUGAAGUUGGUGGUGUCACGAUUCAUUGUUUAAUGGAACAUACCAGAACCCGAAAGAAGAAGUCUAAAGUUUCUAACAAAUGUCAGAGAGCGUUAGAACAAUUAAUUAAAGGGGCAGAUGUCGGAGAAGAUUGGAGAAUAGAUCCAAUUUUAAGAGAAGAAUGUCAGCUUCUUGUCAAUCAAGCUUGCAAAGAUGUACGUGGCGGAGAUGCCAGAGUUAUAUCUUGUUUGACAGAUCAAAUUGGAACUCCUAAAAUGACAGAAGCCUGUGAAACGGCUUUAAUUCAAAUACAAUAUUUCGUAGCUAGAGAUUACAAAUUGGAUCCUCAAUUGUAUAAAGCAUGUAAAUAUGAUGCUAUACGUUUAUGUCAUGCGGCAAAUGCAUGGGCAAACGAUGGAACACAAAUGGAUCCAGAAAGAGGUCCUCUUGUAUUACCAUGUUUAUACAGACAUGCCUAUCAAAAAAAUUUGACGUUAAAGGGUGAAUGUUUAGAGGAAAUAAGAAGAGUCAUGAGACAAAGGGCGGUAAACGUAGAUUUACAACCUGAAAUUGAAGAAGUAUGUUUAAGUGAUUUGGCAUCAUUUUGUUAUGAUAAAACUGCAAAAGGAGAGGAAAUUCUGUGUCUUCAAGAUAAUUUGGAUAGUUUAACUAAAAUAUGCAAAUUGGCAGUUGGAAAUUUUACAGAAGUACAAGCUGAACGUAUUGAAUUGAAUCCAAUAAUUUCGUCGGCAUGUCAACACGUUAUGGAACAUCAUUGUGAGGAAGUGCUUAAAUAUGGUAAAGACGAAGGUGAUAUGAUGGAAUGUUUAAUAGAACAUAAAAAUGAGUUAGAUGUUCGAUCUGAUUAUAAAUGUAAAGCAGCCGUAGAACAUUUUCAAUUAAUAUCAUUGAAGAAUUAUCGAUUUACGUACAAGUUUAAAGAAGCUUGUAGAACUUACGUUAAAAGAUGGUGUCCCAAAUCGAAAACAAAAGCAGAAGUUAUAGAAUGUCUUAGCUCGAUUGUACAAGGAGACAUAAUGAGAAAUACUCAACAUCGUAUACCAAAAGAAUGUAGACAACAAUUGAAAGCUCAAUUAUAUCAACAGCGAGAAAAUAUACAAUUUGAUCCUGCGUUACAUGCAUUGUGUGCACAAGAUAUAAAACAAUAUUGUUUUAAAGUGGAACCAGGCAAUUCACAGGUAUUAGAGUGUUUAGCUUUACACAAAACAAAAUUGUCUGAUUCAUGUCAUAAAAAAUUAUUUAACGUAAGAAAACAAGAGUUUCAAGAUAGUUCGAGCGAUUUUGCAUUAAUAAAUACUUGCCGUGCAAUGUUGAGACAAUUUUGCCAUGACGUAAAUCGAUCAGGAAGUCUUGAUUGUUUAAAAAGAUAUAAAAAUGAUCCUACUUUCGAUGAUAAUUGUAAAAGUAUCGUAAUUAAAAGAAUGAUUGAACAAAAUACUGACUACAGAUUUAACACUGCUUUACAAAGUGCAUGUACCUAUGAUAUUGACAGAUAUUGCAAAGGGGUUUUAAUACAUGAACCAACUGAUAAGGAACUUGAAGGAAAAGUUAUAAAAUGCUUAAAAAUUAAAUUUAGGGAAGCCAAACUUGUGCCAAAAUGUGAGCAACAAAUGACCAUUAUACUUAGAGAAGCUGCUCUAAAUUAUCACUUGAAUCCAUUAUUAGCUACAAUGUGUGCACACGAGAUCGAAACAAUAUGUAACAAUGAAAAUGAUCCUGGCACUGUAGAGGAAUGUUUGAAAAUGGAAUUCAAUGCUGGAAAUAAAGUUAUGAGAGAGGAAUGUAGAUUGGAGGUAGCAGAUUUGAUAGAACAAACGAGAGCAGAUAUUAACGUUGACCCUCUAUUACAAAAAGCUUGUGCGGUAGAUGUUAGCAAAUAUUGCAGUGAUAUUCCACAAGGAGCAGGAAGACAUAUCAUGUGUCUGCAAAAUGUUUUACAAGAUAAGAGAAAAUCUUUGGAACCAGAUUGUUAUAAAAUGUUGACAACAAGAAUGGAAAUGUUCAGAAAUGCUGCUAAGUUAAUUGCUCCUAAUAGUAUAGAAGAACUGUAUUCAUCUCUUAAUCGAUCUCCUCGAAAAAAAUACUUUGUAAUAAUGGCACUUACCAUUGUUGGACUUAUUUUUAUUGCUGGUAUGCUAUGUGGAAAAGUAACGAGGAAAACAUGGAUAAUGAAAAAUAAGUGAAAAAUUAAAGUUGGGCUUAUCCGUCCACAAAAAAAAAAAAAAAAA